UUCUCUUCUCCUUUGCUUGGGAACUGACAGGAAAGGCAGGAUGGCCACGACCCACGGGGAGCUGUAUGAUGCCAUCGUGAUUGGGGCUGGCAUUCAAGGCUGCUUCACGGCCUAUCACUUCGCCAAAAAUAAGAGAAAAGUCCUUCUUCUGGAGCAGUUUUUUCUCCCUCAUUCCCGGGGAAGCUCCCACGGCCAGAGCCGAGUCAUCCGAAGGGCUUACCCCGAAGACUUCUAUACCAAGAUGAUGGAAGAGUGUUACCAAAUAUGGGCCCAGUUGGAGAAUGAGUCCGGGACAAAGUUAUACAGACAGGCAGGAUUACUCAUGCUGGGAAGGAAGGAAGAAGCAGAUCUUCGUGCCAUUCAGGACAACUUGUCUAAGCAUGGCGUGGAACACAAGUUUUUCAACACAGAAGAGCUAAAAAGAUAUUUUUCAAAUAUUCAGUUGUCCAGAGGAGAAGUGGGAAUCUGGGAGUCAUCUGGGGGUGUCCUGUUUGCCGACAAGGCCCUGAGGGCCCUGCAGGAUUUAAUCAGACAGCUAGGAGGCGUGAUCCAUGAUGGGGAGAAAGUAGCAGAGAUAAAACCUGGGUUCCCAGUUACCGUGACAACCACCAUCAGGACCUAUCAAGCCAAAAGCUUGAUAAUUACAGCGGGUCCUUGGACUAACCAGCUUCUCCUCCCCCUGGGAAUACAACUGCCUCUGCAGACCCUUCGGAUCAAUGUGUGUUAUUGGAAAGAAAAGGUUGCUGGGAGCUUUGGAGAGAACUUUCCUUGCUUUAUGGGGUUAUUCCCACAUCUGGCUCCCCACCAUAUCUAUGGGCUUCCUGCUAGAGAAUACCCAGGACUGGUGAAGGUCUGUUAUCACCAUGGUAACAAAGCCGACCCAGAUGAGCGGGACUGCCCCUCAGCCUCUCCAGACCUAGCAGAUGUCCAGCUCCUCCGCAGCUUUGUGAGAGAUUACCUCCCCGGCCUGCAGCCCGAGCCCUCCAUAAUGGAACGCUGCAUGUACACGACCAGCCCAGACGAGAAUUUCAUUUUGGAUCGGCACCCAAAACACAACAACAUCAUCAUUGGGGCUGGCUUCUCAGGACACGGCUUCAAACUCUCGCCUGUGGUGGGGAAGAUACUCUAUGAGCUGAGUACGGAGUCCACUCUCUCUUAUGAUCUGACUCCAUUCCAAAUUAGUCGCUUCCAGUCCCUGGACAAAGCAUCUCUGUAAAGCCCCGGUUAGCAUCCUCCUUCCUGUGCCUCCUCUGCUUAGCACGGUGCCUGGCACAUAGUAGGUGCUUAAUAAAUGUCUGUUAAUUGAUUGAAUAGUAGAAAACUCACCGACUAAAGGGAGGAACAUCAUCCACAUUUUAUAUUUUUCAUGAUUGAUUCAGACUCACUCAUUCCCUCGGGAUGACUACCGAAUCCUGCCAUUAAAAGUAGACAUCCGAACUACUUUUAGUGACAGGAUUCAGUAGUCAUCCUGAGGAACUGCAAGGAGGAGACUUAAAGAUCAAUUUUCCAAGAGGGAGGGGGCAGAAGCUCAUAGAAUGAAAAGAAUUUUGUUCUCUGCUCCUCUUUAAGAACAGGGGAAAUCCUCCAAAAGCAGGACUGAGUUUGAUUCAGAUUUCCUGGAGGAGGGGAGUGGGCUAUAAGCAAGGUUCCUUCGGGUUUGGGGCUGUAUUCUUCUUGUCUUUGUAAUCCUAGUUCACACACAAAAGGAGCAUAAUAAAUGCUUAUGAGUUGAUCCAUA